AUGGUUUCGGAAUCUCAAAGUAAGGAUUCUCAGGGAUCCAAAGGUCAAGGCAAGGAGAUGGUGCUGUCGUCUGCCGCCAAAAAAUGGAAGGAUUUUAAGUCUACCUUAACUAGGCAGUUUAUCCUUCCAUUCGCAAAUGAGAAGGAGAAGUUAAAAGAGCCCCCUCAGCUUUAUAACUUCAUAGAGAAAUCUGAAUGGGAUGCCUUUGUAGCUUCAAGGUUAUCCCCAGAUUUUGAGGAUCAAUUGGAAGAAACCAUGCCCGGUGAAGAAAUCGAUCGAUCUCUGCUAUGGAAGAAGGCAAGAGAAGAUAAACAGGGAAACAUCCCUUAUCCAAAGGUUGCAGAGAAGGCAAAAUUAAUCGGCACUCUGACUGUCUCUGGGAGCAACGAUGUUUUGACCAUGGCUUUGGGAACACCUGAACAUGGUGGGAGAGUCAGAGGUGUUGGAGCUGGGGUUUCCCCAACUCAAUUCUUCAAUUUGCUGAGACAGCAGAGAGUAAAAUUUGCUGACAAAUUGAAGGAAAGUGUUAUGGCAGCAGAUCUCUCAAAGCUUGACAUGCCAGCUCCUCUGUUAGCCCUAUGCCAAUAUGUCGAGACCAAGUUGAAGCCUGCUAACGAGACCAUUACAGUUCACAUGCCUGAGGAAAUGUUUGGCACUGAUCAUGAUACCUGGCUCUUGAGUGAAGACAUUUUACAGUUUGCUUCCAUGGUUGAGAUUGGGGCCACAGUGAUUGCAGUAUACAUGAGGUACCUAUUUGACUAUUUAAAAAUGGCAAAUAUGGUAAAACUUGUUGGGCUCGUGGACCCUGGACAAGUCAGCUCUCAAUCUGGAACGUUAUCUCACCGCUCAAAACAUCUCUCAGAAAGCCUGAAAAAGGCAGAUGGGGAUCAAUUUUACUUGGUGCCUUAUAAUCCAGGGGGUCAUUGGGUGUUAAUAAUUGUGAGACCAGCUAAGGAGACUGUCUAUUACAUGAAUUCAUUGCCAAACCGCUCUGUUGACGAGGACAUGAGAAAUAUAGUGAAUACGUAA